AUGAUACUACCAGCAGACCAGUUCUUCAGCCAGGAGCCCGUAGACGGUGCUCCAUGGGCAUUCAUUGCUGUGAUGGGGGUGACUGGGUCGGGAAAGAGCAGCUUUAUCAAGCUUGUUAGCGGUAAUCAGAAUAUUGAAGUGGGCCAUGAUCUCCAGUCCUGCACUUCCGAGAUAAUGGGUUACACUUUCCAUUACAAUGGAUACAACAUAAAUUUAGUGGAUACCCCGGGAUUCAACGACACCAACAAGAGCGAGACCGAAGUACUCCAGGACAUUGCGACAUGGCUGAAACAGUCAUACGAAGGAGAUACCCGGCUUAAUGGUGUUAUUUAUCUCCACAGUCUCGUCAAUGUCCGCAUGGAAGGCUCAGCCUUGCGGAAUCUCAAGAUGUUUCGACAACUUUGCGGUAAUGAACCUCUCAAGAAUGUGAUACUGGCGACAACAUUCUGGGGCGAAGUGAAUAGGGAUGUGGCCGAGAAACGAGAAGAGGAGCUCCGUACUACUCCAGAUUUCUGGGGCAGCAUGAUAUCAAGAGGCUCGACGAUGAAACGACUCACUGAACGCAGAUCCGCCUUAGACAUCGUCUCCACCUUACUUCAAAAAGCUCCCGUGACGCUGAAGAUCCAGCGCGAGCUCGUCGAAGAAGACAAAUCCCUCAUCGACACCGCCGCCGGCCAGACUGUCAACGAAGAACUCGUCCGCCUCGCCGAAAAGCACGCCGAAGAGCUUUCCAAGAUCCAGCAGGAAAUGCAAGAAGCUCUCAAAGACCACGACGAGGAAAUGCAGCACAUCCUCGACGAGCAGCAGCGGAAGCUCGACAAGGAGCUCUCCAAGGUGCACCGGCAGCAGGAGCAGCUACGCUACGACCGGCGGGCGGAAAAGCGGCGCAUGGAAAACGACUUCGAGGCGCGCAUCCGCGAAAUGCAACUCGAAAUGGAGCGACAGGCCAAGGUGCGAGAACUCAGCUUCGAUCAGGCCGUCGCGCUCGUCCGAGCUAAUGAGGGGAAAAUCAGGCUCGAGGAGAGGGAGUUGCUUGAGCGGAAGAUUGCGGAGCUUUCGCAGUCGCCCGUGCUGGCGGAGGAUGGGGGUGGUGGAGGCGCCGAUGGUACUGGAGGUGAUGGCUCGAAGAAGAAGAGCAAGAUGAAGGGCACGAGUAAAUAUCUUUUUGGAGCGCUGAAGAUCAUCUUUCCGGUUACGACGGCGGCACUGUUGGGGGUGCCUAUCCCAAGCCCGUUUGGGAACGGUGAGACGAUCACGAAUUUCUUUAGCGGCAUGUUUGGAAAUAAUACUGACCCUCAAGGGGAUCCGGCAGAUGCAGGGGAGUAG